UUUUUGGCUGGCUGGUGUUGUAUAUACAUGUAUUUAUAACUUGAGAUUAGAUUUAUAAAUUACAUUCUCUAAAUUUUCACGAUAGCAGAGUGUCAUUUUAAAAUAUUGACACUCUGAUAAUGUAAAUGUUAAGAAGAAUAUGUAAUGCAAAAGUGCAGUGAAAAUUCAAAUUGGAAAGUGCAAUUUUAUAAUAUAGUAUUUGUGCAGUGCAAAGAAUAUAACCUAUAAAAUUCAGAAUGGAUCCCGUUCAACGUUUAAAAAUUAUUUCUGAUAAUUGUAAAGCAGUUUCAGUGGAUCCCAAUAUUUUACCUAUAAGAUAUUGCAGAUCUGGAGUUGAGAUGAUUAGACAAGCGGAUAUUUACCUGUCGGAGGGAAAUUCGGAGCAUGCUUACACUCUUUAUAUGAAAUUUUUAACAAUAUUUCUGGAAAAAAUAAGAGAACAUCCAAAAUACAAUACAAUUAUAGCAAAAGACAAGUUAUGGAUUCAGCAAGCACUGCGGGAAGUUUUGCCAAAAACGGAAGAAUUAAAAAAGAAAUUACUAGAACAAUAUGGAAAGGAUUUUGCGGAGAUGGAGGAGAAGAAGAGGAUUGAGAAUGAAAGACUUAAACGCGAAGAAUUACAAAGGUUACGAGAGGUGGAGAAUAGAAAAUCUUUAGCAGCUUUAUCGAAACCAAAAAUAGGAAUUAGUGCUGGUGCCAUGAUAACUAGCGAUACAAAAACAAUUAAACCGCUAUAUCCUCCUUUUUCUACUCCAAUAAGUCCUCGAUUGGAUAACAAAGUCACAUCUUCAGAGGACAAAAAAAUUCCAUCUGUUGAUAGGUCAACAAAACCAAUUAUUCACGAUGAUAAACUUGGCCUCCGUGAUAUGGUAUUGCCGAAAGAAUUGAUGAAUAGUUUCUUGAGACUCGCUGCACCGAAUACAAUGAGCCAAAAGGAAACCUGUGGAGUUUUAGCUGGGAAAUUAGAGAGAAAUAAAUUAAUAGUUACACACUUAUUAAUUCCCCAUCAAACUGGAUCUCCCGAUUCUUGUUUAACACACAAUGAAGAAGAUAUUUUCGACUAUCAGGAUCAAUAUAAUCUUAUAACUCUUGGAUGGGUGCACACUCAUCCAACGCAAACGGCAUUUCUAUCGAGUGUUGAUCUUCAUACUCACUGUGCUUAUCAGCUAUUGAUGGCCGAGGCAAUUGCAAUUGUUUGUGCACCCAAAUAUGAGGAAACUGGAUUCUUCAUACUUACUCCAGAAUAUGGUUUAGAUUUUAUUGCGAAUUGUAGAGAAAAUGGAUUUCAUCCUCAUCCGACUGAUAUUCCUCUUUAUACAAAAGCAAAACACUGUAAACUGGAUCCCAUGGCAAAUGUGGAAGUUGUUGACCUGAGAAGAAAGUAAUUUUUGUGAUUACUGUACCACUUGAAGAAAAUUUUUAAUUUCGUGCAAGAAUUGAAAA